AUGAUUGAUGUGCUUGAAAUGGUUGAGAAAGAUGGAAUAAAUUUAGAUCAAAAGAGUGAAGCACUUUUUUUGAUGAAGUAUAUGCAAUCUUUUAAACUUAUUUUCAUAUUGCACUUGAUGAGAAAAGUUUUAGGAAUUACUCGUGACUUAUCUCAAGCAUUACAAAAAAGUGAUCAAUAUAUUGUAAAUGCCAUGAAAUUAGUCAAAGUUUCCAAAAAUAGACUUCAAGCUAUAAGAGAUAAUGGUUGGGAUUCUCUAUUCAAUGAGGUUUCAUUAUUUUGUGAAUAUAAUGGUGUUGACAUUCCAAAUAUGGAUGAUACCUUUCAAUCAACACACAAAAAGUCAAAGAGAAAAAUUGAAUUUUUUUAUAAUUUACAUCAUUUUCAAGUUCAAUUGUUCUAUGAUGUGAUUGACCGACAACUUCAAGAAUUGAAUAAUCGUUUUACAGAAGUGAAUAGUAAAUUACUUCUUUGUGUAGCUUGUUUAAGUCUAAGACAUUCCUUUUCUUCAUUUGACAAGGAGAAGUUGAUUCGUUUAGCUCAAUUUUAUCCUUCUGAGUUUUCCCAAGUUGAGUUAUUGGCAUUGGAUUGUCAGCUUGAAAAUUAUUUUUUAGAUGUAUGCUCUGACAAUGACUUUUCGAAGUUGGAGGGUAUUAGCGAUCUUGUUAUAAAACUCGUGGAGACCAAGAAAUAUGUUGUGUAUCCGUUGGUAUAUUUGCUUUUAGAGUUAUCUUUAAUAUUACCGGUGGCAACUGCAACAACUGAGCGAGCUUUUUCUGCUAUGGAUAUUAUCAAGAAUCGGAUGCGAAAUCGCAUGGGAGAUGAAUGGUUAAAUGAUUGUUUAGUUACUUAUAUUGAGAGAGAUAUUUUUGUUGACGUUGAAAAUGAAAAAAUCAUUCAAUAUUUUCAGAAUAUGAAAAAUUGUAGAGAAGAAUUAUGA